CCGAUUUGUGUUGGGUGGAAGGAAUUAUUUCCUAUAGAUGUCUGUUUGCGAUAACAUAUUCGCGAUCGUUAGAGUUUUUAUUUACCAUUCAUCCUUAUGAGAGCCAUUGUUCAGCGUGUCACACAGGCAAGUGUUUCUGUUGAUGGUGAAGUUAUUAGUUCCAUUGGAAAAGGACUCUGUGUUUUACUGGGAAUAUCAAAGUAUGACACUCCCAAAGACAUUGAAUAUAUGGUGAGAAAAAUUCUGAACUUAAGAGUCUUUGAUGAGAAUGAUCAAAGAUGGAAGAAGUCUGUUGUAGAUAAAAAUUUUGAAGUACUUUGUGUGAGUCAGUUCACACUACAAGCAGUUCUAAAGGGAAAUAAACCAGAUUAUCAUCUUGCAAUGGGUGGUGAACAGAGUAAGGCUUUUUAUGGAGACUUUCUUCAAGCAAUGAAAUCGGCCUACAAACCCGAUGCCAUUAAAGACGGAAAAUUUGGAGCGUACAUGCAAGUUCAAAUUCAGAAUGAUGGUCCAGUUACAAUAUCCUUAGAAACGCCACCGCCAAAACCAAUGCAACAAAAACAGGUCAAAGGAACUUCAGGUGCCUCAAAAUCAGCUCCCAUAACUGGGGAUGAGGGUUCUACGAACAGUUUACCCGAUUCAGAAAAUCACAGUUCGCCAAUCGAUGCUGAACAAAAAAUAGACAAAUUUGACGAUCUCAACCUGGACGAAAAACGAGGAAGUACGUGACGCUGGGUCAAUUCCAAACCACAACUGAAAAUCUUGUAUCUUAUCAUGAAGCCACAGAUUUGCUUUACAUUUGUUCGGCAUAAAUGUUUUCAGUGUUAAACGUCUAA